GCGGGACGGGACGGGGCGGGGCUGGGAAACCAAGGCCAAGGCCGCCGCCGCCGCGAGCCCGGACCUGCCCGGCCGACCUGGCGGCGCAGUCUCGCGGGAUCGCUCAGCUCUCGCUCCGCGUGCGGCCCCCGCGGCGGCUCCCGGCGUCCCGGACGCUCCCCCGGGCCGUGUGCGGUUGCGGGGGGACGGCGGUCGGAGGGCGAGCGGCGUCCGAGCGCCGCCGAGCAACUGACCCAGAACUCGUUUUCAGGAAAACAGCUUCCUUCAAAAUGGUAAAAUAAUGAAAUGAGGAAUUGAAUGAUUUUAUCUUCGGAUGGGAAUCUUCCGAUGAUGAAGGGAGCGAUUGAUUGAUCCAAGUCAUGUGGUGAAAUCAAGAAUUUGAAGAAAAUGGAAAUGUUCACGUUUUUGUUGAUGUGUAGUUUUCUACCCCUCCUAAGGGGACACAGUCUUUUCACCUGUGAACCAAUCACUGUCCCCAGAUGCAUGAAAAUGACAUACAACAUGACGUUUUUCCCUAAUCUGAUGGGUCAUUAUGACCAGGGUAUUGCUGCAGUGGAAAUGGAGCAUUUUCUUCCUCUUGCAAAUCUGGAAUGUUCACCAAAUGUUGAGACGUUCCUUUGUGAAGCAUUUGUACCAACCUGCACAGAGCAAAUUCAUGUGGUUCCACCUUGUCGUAAAUUUUGUGAGAAAGUAUAUUCUGAUUGCAAAAAAUUAAUUGAUACUUUUGGGAUCAGAUGGCCUGAGGAACUUGAAUGUGACAGAUUGCAGUACUGUGAUGAUACUCUCCCUGUAACUCUUGAUCCACACUCAGAGGUUUCUGGGCCUCAGAAGAAAGCGGAACAAGUCCCAAGAGAUAUUGGAUUUUGGUGUCCAAGGCAUCUUAAGACUACUGGGGGACAAGGUUAUAAGUUUUUGGGAAUUGACCAGUGUGCACCUCCAUGCCCCAACAUGUACUUUAAAAGUGAUGAGCUAGACUUUGCAAAAAGUUUUAUUGGCAUAGUUUCAAUAUUUUGCCUUUGUGCAACUCUGUUCACAUUUCUGACAUUCCUAAUUGAUGUUAAAAGAUUCAGAUACCCAGAGAGACCAAUUAUAUAUUACUCUGUCUGUUACAGCAUUGUAUCUCUUAUGUACUUUAUUGGAUUUUUGCUAGGCAAUAGCACAGCCUGCAGUAAGACAGAUGAGAAGCUAGAACUUGGUGGCACAGUUGUUCUGGGAUCUCAAAAUAAGGCUUGCACCGUAUUGUUUAUGUUUUUGUAUUUUUUCACAAUGGCUGGCACUGUGUGGUGGGUGAUCCUGACCAUUACUUGGUUCUUAGCCGCGGGCAGAAAAUGGAGCUGUGAAGCCAUUGAACAAAAAGCAGUGUGGUUUCAUGCCGUUGCAUGGGGCGUGCCAGGCUUUCUGACUGUGAUGCUUCUGGCUAUGAACAAAGUUGAGGGGGACAACAUCAGCGGAGUGUGCUUCGUGGGCCUUUAUGACCUGGAUGCUUCACGCUACUUUGUGCUCUUGCCACUGUGUGUCUGUGUGUUUGUUGGGCUGUCUCUUCUUUUAGCUGGCAUUAUUUCCUUAAAUCACGUUCGACAAGUCAUACAGCAUGAUGGCCGGAACCAAGAGAAGCUAAAGAAGUUUAUGAUUCGAAUUGGAGUCUUCAGUGGCCUGUAUCUUGUCCCACUAGUGACACUCCUUGGAUGUUACAUUUAUGAGUUAGUGAACAGGGUAACAUGGGAGGUAACUUGGUUUUCUGAUCACUGUCGUCAGUACCACAUCCCGUGUCCUUAUCAGGCAAAAACAAAAGCUCGACCAGAACUGGCUUUAUUUAUGAUAAAAUACCUGAUGACAUUAAUUGUUGGAAUCUCUGCUGUCUUCUGGGUUGGAAGCAAAAAAACAUGCACAGAGUGGGCUGGGUUUUUUAAACGAAAUCGCAAGAGAGAUCCAAUCAGUGAAAGUCGAAGGGUGCUACAGGAAUCAUGUGAGUUUUUCUUAAAGCACAAUUCUAAAGUGAAACACAAAAAGAAGCACUAUAAGCCAAGUUCACAUAAGCUGAAGGUCAUUUCCAAGUCCAUGGGAACCAGCACAGGAGCUACAGCAAAUCAUGGCACUUCUGCAGUGGCGAUCACUGAGCAUGAUUACUUAGGACAAGAAACUUUGACGGAAAUCCAAACCUCCCCAGAAGCAUCAGUAAGAGAGGCAAGAACAGACAGAGCCAGCACCCCCAAACUAAGAGAACAGGACCGAGGUGAACCUGCCUCCCCAGCAGCAUCCAGCUCCAAACUCUCUGGGGAACAAACCGACAGGAAAAGCCAGGUGGGCAGUGUGAAGGAUAAAAGCAGUGUAUCUGAAGGUGCUCGGAGUGAAGGAAGGGUAAGUCCAAAGAGUGACUUUACAGAGCAUGGCCUGGUGCAGAGUGACAGUUUACAGGUCCCCAGUUCUUCAGAGCCGAGCAGCCUCAGAGGCUCCAAAUCACUGCUUGUUCACUCAGCUUCUGGAGAUAGAAAGGAGCAGAGUGCUGGCAGCCAUCCAGAUGCUUGAGAACAUUUCAUGUCAUUACCUAGGAGCAAUUGCACGUUACACUGGAGGUGGCCAACUACUGUCUUAUGAGAAUCACUAUCAGGCUAGGGCUAUAGUUGCCUAGCAUGCUGGAGGCCCUGGGUUCCAUUCCUAGCACUGAAAAAAAAAAAAAAUCACUGUUCUUUUGCACUUAAAGUUACAUUGACUACUGUUACACUGGAGGGAAAAAAAAAAAAAGGUUUCAAGAACCAAUACAAUUCAUUUCCACAAAGGUUGUGACAACUAUAGUAUACCAGAAAACAGAAAUGUGCAGAUUAAUGUUUUUUAAAUUGCAUGGGAGGAGCAAGUUAAGAGGAAUCUUCCUUUUCUAUUUAUGAGGAUU